AUGUCUUUCCAACGCAGAAGGAAAGCAGACGAGAUCGAUUCACCACUUAAUAGGGCUCCGACGUUGCCCACUCUUGGCCCAACAUCUCAAGGAUUGGUCUCGCUGUCUAGAAUUGGAAGCAAUACUCCACUACCGCUCCUCACAGAACCAUUGAACAGUGCACCCAGAAGAAUGCUGACGCCCAAAUCUCCUCUUCGAAGAGCUAUCAGUCUGUCUCACUUCAAUCCUCCCAAUGGGGUUAUGGAUGCUCAGCAAAACCCCUUCCCAGUAUCUCCUCGUUCUAGGCCGUACACGAUUCAAACCGGAACAACUGGCGCCCCUCCUCUUCCUGCUCCGCCCGCCAUCAGCUACGCGCAUCCAGGAUACGUCCAGACAAACCAUCUUACAAGGACAGCCAGUCCCGAGUCUGGUUCGGCUCAACGCUACAGUGCUAGCCCCAGCCCUGACUACUCAGCUUAUGACCAGACCUCACCACCUGGCGAUGGUCAUGUCUCUGGCUAUCUUUCUGUGUCCGAUGCUCACAGAGCCAGAGGCCUGAGUAUGACUCCCAGCUCGUCAGCACCCCACGUUUCGGAUUCGUACCAUGCCGCUCUCAACGGUGGUGGUUCGAACUCUGUUCAGAUGAUGACUCUCAAGACUACUGAAGGAGAUGUUCGCUUUCCCGUCGACGUUCAGGCAGCGUCUCGUGUUGCGGAUGAGAAGAGACGUCGAAACGCUGGUGCAAGUGCAAGAUUCCGUGAACGCCGCAAGAGAAAGGAGAUGGAAGCCUCUCAGACCAUUGCAAGACUGGAGCAGCAAGUCAAGGACAUGACUGAAGAUGCGGACUUUUACCGACAAGACAGAGACAUACUCGCUUCCAUCGUGUCGCAAUUCCCUGGAGGACGCGAACACCUUCCUCGUCCUCAAUCGCCCAGGGCGAGAAGGACUGGUAGCGGAUCUGCACAAACAAAUCAAGGUCGUUAUGCCGAGGCUCAGAGAAGCAGUCCGGAACCGAUCAGGAAUGUUCGCAAGCGUGGCGAUUCGCCUAUCCCGCAAACAUAUGUGCAGGCGCCAGCACAGAGUCACGCACAACCGCCACCACCGUCGGCAAAUACUGCGAUGCCUCAACAUCAGAUGCAAGCACAUCACAACCAGAUGCCGGCUCGCACCGUUCACGCUUCCUCUCUACCGCCACCCACUAUGGCUCAUGCCGUGAUGCCUGCGUCGAAUCUUCCUCCACCACCUCCUCCAUCCAUCAUGCAGGCUCCACCGAUGACAGGCCCCGUCAACCCCUACGCACGCCACGAGGCUAAUGUUCGAUACCAUCUGCCGCCUCACGGUCGUUGA